AUUAGUCCUAAUCAGAGUAGAAUUUCAUCAGUCGAGAAUAAGACGUUCCCAUAAUUUACGUAUCAUAUUCCAAGUGAAAGAGAAUUAUGUAUUCCAGAUUAGUUCAUUUCAGAUAGAUUAAUUCAUUACUGCUUUUAUACAAACACACUUAAGAUGUAUUUCCUGUGUUUUCCUGCGUGAGAACGUAUGCAGGAAGUGGAAACUCUUUCUCUCCGUUGAUUCGGUUGUGGGCUAAAUGAGUGAAAAGGGACGGUAAUUUCACUCAUUUAUUUCUGGCUUUGGAAGAGGUAUUCAGUGUCACAAUGGAGAACACAUCUUCUAACAGGGUUUUGAUAACUGGAGGAUGUGGCUAUUUUGGAUAUCGCCUUGCCUCUGCAUUGCAUAAAAAGGGAGCCAAAGUCAUUCUUUUUGACACCGCCCCUCCAAGGCAAGAGGGACCAGAGGACAUCGUCUUUGUGCGGGGCGAUAUUCGGGACUAUGCGCAGGUGGAGGGGGCCGUGUCGGCUGGUGUGGACUGUGUCUUCCACAUCGCCUCCUACGGCAUGUCCGGGCGGGAGCAGCUGGACCGGCAGCUCAUCGAGGCCGUCAACGUUCAGGGCACGCAGAACAUCCUGAAGGCCUGCGUGGAGCACGGCGUGUCCAGGCUGGUCUACACCAGCACCUUCAACGUGGUCUUUGGGGGCCAGGUGAUAGAGAACGGCGACGAAAGCCUCCCUUAUCUACCCCUCCAUCUCCACCCCGACCACUACUCCAGAACCAAGUCUCUGGCCGAGAUGGCGGUGCUGGAGGCCGACGGCACGGCGCUGAGGGGCAGCUCCGGGGCGCUGAGGACCUGUGCCCUGCGUCCAGCAGGUAUCUACGGGCCAGGGGAGCAGAGGCACCUGCCCAGGAUAGUCGGCUACAUAGAGAGCGGCAUCUUCCGGUUCGUUUACGGGGAUCCCAAGAGCCUGGUGGAGUUUGUCCACGUGGACAACCUGGUGACGGCCCACCAGCUGGCCGCGGAGGCCCUGACCCCAGAGAAGAGGCACCGCUCCGGUGGACAGGCAUACUUCAUCUCUGACGGCAGGCCGGCCAACAAUUUCGAGUUCUUCAGACCUCUCGUGGAAGGCCUGGGCUACCGUUUCCCCAAACUGCGCCUUCCCAUCUCUCUCAUUUACUUCUUCGCUUUCCUCACCGAAAUGAUUCACCACCUCGUCGGCCCCUUCUACAACUUCCAGCCCCUGCUGACUCGAACAGAAGUGUACAAAACCGGCGUCACGCACUACUUCAGCAUGGAGAAAGCCAGAGCCGAACUAGAUUACGAGCCUCAGGGGCACAACCUGGACGAGGUGGUGCAGUGGUUCAGAAGCCGAGGCCAUGGGAAGAAACGUCCCAGCUCCCUCAGCAGCAGAUUCUUCCUCGACAUCCUGUUUGUUUCUGCUCUUAUUGCCGUGGCUCUAUCGUUUCUGCCAGUCGUUGGCAGCUGAUGGAAAAAAAAUGUCAUUCCGAUGUCUCGCUGAAUUAAAAUGGCCUUAUAAAUAGAUAGACUCAUUUUUAAAAGUAUGGGACCACCACAAGGUCUUUUCUCUGACAAUGUCCAGUAAAGCAAAACAUGCCAUUUUGUCCUUUGUAAAGACUCUACAAAUGCUACCUCUUUUGCUUCCAACAGUUUGCCUUUUAUAAGAAAAAGAUCCAUGUUAACUUACUACAUGCUACACUUUUGUGCCAUCAUGUUAAACUAUCACAUGAAAGAAAUAAAGCCUGUACAAAAAGCAUCCAAAUCUUGUUCUGUUUUUUUUAAGCUAAGGAUGGACAAAAAAUGUAAUGUGUCCUCUAACUCGAAAUGAUUUGGUCCUUUGUAAAAUA